UGACCUAACCGGUUCCGGCACCUCCACUGCAUACUACGUCCCUUACCCCUGAAUCAACCCACCCUUAGUCUUCAUGACUCACUCAACCCGUGAUUCUUCUCUCUCACCCCACGACGGCGAUUCCACUCAUGCACCCAACUUAAUACCUACCUAACCAAUUCUUCGCCUCUAUCCCCCCUUCGUAAUCACCCACCAUGGCCACCCGCAAGCUCAUCUCCUCCGGCUCGGCCUUCGAGGCCCAGAUCGGCUACUCGCGCGCCGUCGUGGUCGGCGACAUGGUGUUUGUGUCCGGAUGCACGGGGUACGACUACAAAACGGGCGCCAUCGCAGACGACGUGGCCGCGCAGGCGGAGCAGUGCAUGCGCAACAUCGCGGCCGCGCUGGCGGAGGCGGGCGCCGCGGUGGCCGAUGUAGUGCGCGUGCGGUAUAUCCUGCCGGACCGGAGGGACUUUGAGAGGACCUGGCCGGUGCUGCAGAAGUGGUUCGGCGAGGUCCGCCCUGCGGCGACCAUGAUCCAGGCAGGGCUGAUGGAGGAGGUGAUGAAGAUUGAGAUCGAGGUGACGGCCAAGAAGGGCGGUGUUGCGGAUGACCGGACGACGCUGCUAUGACGGGGCUCGUCGUCCGCAGAGAAGUGGCAUGGGUGGCAGUCUCGAAUUCGUGAUGCGCAGCGUCGAGAUAUUAUCAUGUAUAUCGUUCCCUUCUCCCAAACAACGACAGUACGCAUGAAGAUCCGGCAGUGCCAUAUUACAAGCUUCGCCAUCCAUAAUGCCACAGAGAACUCAGACAUGCGGGUAUACACAACCGACAUGGAACCCGCUGUACAGUUAAGGAGUGAUCCAGCUCAGGGCCAAACAAAACCAGAUCCAACUGCAAAUACCAGACCCAACGCCCGGCCAAGCGCAGCAUUUUCA